UUUCCUAAAAAUAGAAGCCCAACAAAGCCUUUGUUGAGCUUAGGGUUUCCACCGCCGAAACAUCCGCGCUCCCUGAUCGAUCAUGCCCAUAAAUCGCUAAUGCGGAUGGGUUCCCCUUCUUCCAAAUUACGAAUGCUCUCUUCUCGCAAUUGAAGCAUUCUCAGUGCAUAGCAACGAAGACAGCAAAUUCGCAUCGCUACUCGGCUCGCCAUUGUCCAAAUCCUGUAAUUCACUCCUCACUUUGCUCUCGGCAUCAUCACUCGUCAUCAUGUGUUUCUCUUUGAUGAUUAUCUCAUUUUCUGCAAUGUUCCGAGCAAAGGGUGAAUAUCGGGAAUAAUCGCAUUUAUGAGCAACUUUUAGUAGGUUCCUUUUCGUGUGAGAAGGCCAUACUCAUCCAAUCAAAGUUUCCUUAUUCUUUUAUUCAUUAUGUCAUUGAAGAUUGCACGUGCCUUUUUGGCAUCAUAAGCUUUUGAGAAUUUUUAACGUAUUCAGCACGUGCAUAUGGCUUCUCCGGAAAAACAAAAAGGCAAGAAAACCAUUUCAAGGUCUAAGAAACGUUCAAAACCUCAGAAACAGGACUCAAGCCCAGGGUGUUCUGGAAGUAAACUCUUAAAAUCUGGUAUUUCGGGUUCUCAAAAAGAUGGGCCUGAAGAACAAACUGGCCAAAGUGAGCUCCUUUUGACUUUCAUAAAGCAGUCCAAGAAAGCCAAUAUGGUAAAUGGUGCAGCAAAGCUAUCUAACAAAUCGGCAUGCAAAAGAAAGAAAGCUCUCCCGAAACUGAGAAGAAGUUACAGUUUAAGAUCGUUGGAUAAAGGUAGAGUUCUUCGAUCAAAAGUAGAUGCAGCAAAAUGUAAAACUUCAGAGAAUUUGGCUAACAAUCCAGAAAAUUUGGUAACAAGAAAAAAGAAAAAUAGGAAGAAGAAGGAAAACAAUCCUGGUCAGAAUGAGUUAUCUAGAAUCAUCAAACACGUCAGAUAUAUGUUGAAUCGAAUGAAUUACGAGCAGAGUUUAAUUGAUGCUUACUCUGGUGAUGGCUGGAAGGGUCAAAGUGCAGACAAAAUCAGACCUGAAAAGGAGCUCGAGCGUGCUAAAUCUGAAAUCUUACGUUGUAAAUUGAAGAUUAGGGAGAUAUUUCAGCGCCUCGAUUCUUUGCUUGCUGAAGGAAGGCUUCAGGAAUCAUUAUUUGAUUCUGAUGGAAUUGACAGUGAAGAUAUAUUCUGUGGUAAAUGUGGUUCUAAGGACGUGUCUGCUGACAAUGAUAUCAUUCUUUGCGAUGGCAUUUGUGAACGUGGUUUUCAUCAGACGUGUUUGAACCCUCCUCUGUUGAGUGAAGAUAUUCCAACUGGAGAUGAAGGAUGGUUGUGCCCUGAAUGUGAUUGCAAAGUAGACUGCAUUGAUUUGCUUAGCGAGUUUCGAGGAAUCGAUCUAUCAAUUGAGGACUCAUGGGAGAGGAUUUUUCCUGAGGCGGCGGUUUUGGCAAAUGGAAACGGACAGUAUGACAAUCUCAAUCUUCCGUCAGAUGACUCUGAAGAUGAUGAUUAUGACCCUAAUGCUCAAAGAGUUGAUGUAGAUGAGCAAGUGGACGGAUUGGAUCAUGAAGAAUCAGAUUCAAGUUCUUCGUCUUAUGAUUCUACAUCUUCAGAUGAAAAUAUGAACCAAGCUACCGUUGAAUUACCCACAGAUGAUUCCGAAGAUGAUGAAUUUGAUCCUGAUGCUCCAGAUCCAGACAAAGAAGUACACAAGAGCAAUCCCAGCUCUGAUGAAUCUGAUUUUACAUCCGAUUCUGAUGAAUUUUGUGCGGAACUCAAGAAAACCGCACAUGCUAAAGAGGCUUCGGCAUCAUCUCAAUUGAAUGUUAAUAUUUUGAUUGAUUCUGAUAUUGAUGAAAUGAAUGAUGACGAUAAGCUAAAUGACUGUUCUGAAAUGCCUUCUGCCAAGCUUGAAAUGGACGAAGAGGAAAGUGGUUUGAGGUUGUCGAAUAAAAGGAGCCGUGAAAGAUUAGAUUACAAGAAGCUAUAUGAUGAAGAUUAUGGUAACCUACCCUCCGAAUCUAGCGAAGAUGAAGAAUGGAAUGGAAAGAUUUCACCGAAGAAGUUGAAGAAAACUGAUGAUAAACAAAUUGAGGAGGUUGCCAAGGAUAGUUCUGUAAAGACAACUCCAAAAUCAUGUAAAAAAAAUUCUAAUUCCUCCUCAGCUAAGGAAAAUCAUGGUCCUCAGGAACCUGAUUCUGGUGGCUGUAAUUCUUCUGCUGGUCUAAAAAAAUCUGCAGUGGGUUCUAAGAAAUUAUAUGAAGCCUUCCAGGAAAACCAGUACCCAACUAAGGAAAGCAGGGAUAGUCUUGCUCAAGAACUCGGCUUGACAUUCAAGCAGGUUUCAAAGUGGUUCUUAAAUGCACGGCAUAAUUCUCGUGUUUCGGCCAAGAAAUCGAGCAAUGUUGGGAUGACAACUUUUGAAGUUCCUAUUCGCCGUGAUACUCUUUCAAACUCAUCCAAGCCCAAUGAAGGAGUCACUACCAAAUCAACCAUAUUAGCCACGUCGCCCAAUGCUACUCGCCUAAAGAAAUUAGAUGAAGCCUUCCAAGAAAACCAAUACCCAAGCAGGGAAAAGAGAGAAGAGCUGGCUCAAGAACUAGGCAUCACAAUCCAAAAGGUGACUCGAUGGUUUGAACAUGCACGACGUCGCUCUCGUGCUUCUAUUAAGAAAUCCCACAAUCCUGCAACCUGGAGCCCAGAUAAACCCGAAGCCUCCUGCAGCACUCCCAACAGCCAAAAACUCAACAUACUUGAGGAAGACAAGACAACCGAACCAACUACGCCAAAUAAAGCUAUCGUCUUAACCACAACUUCGACGAGCUAUGCGAAGCCGAACGACAAUGGAGUAUCUGCUCGAAACGAAUUUAAUACUACCCCAAAAAGCAGUCUGAGUCCUCAGAAGCUUUAUUCGCCGAUUGCGAACGGAGCUGCUUCGAGUGAGAAAGGAACAAACUCAGUUAAUGACCGGCGGAAAGCCAUAGCUAAAGAACUGAGGAGGAUGAGGAAAGCUAGAUAGUUCUCCCCAGAAGAUAGUGGGAUUGCCAUGUGACUAUGGUCAGUAUUGCAAAUUUGUUGCCUUUUGGCUUGUUUUUUGGUCCAUCUUAUGAGCCUUUCCUGAUAUAUUUUGUUUUGACCUGUUACUGGAAGUUCUCAUCUUGUAAGCAGAAGAAUUUGACAUCUAAAGUUCUUUUUUUUUUUUUACUUUUAAA